AUGCAGAUUUCGAAGCUAGUACACAAGGAAUUCAUAAAGCAUAUUGUGUUGCUUAUUCUAGACGAAAUUCAUCUCAAAUUUCAUGUAAAUAUGGUGAUAUUCAAAAAGUUAUACCCUUAUAAUUACUACAACGCAGAUAGAAUUCAAAAUAAUAUUGGUAUAAUUUCAGAAGCUGGUGAAUAUGAAUCUCAAAAAUGGAAUGAAAAACAAUAUAAUUUAUUUAAAGAGAAUAUAUAUAAAAACAAUAAUUGUUUGGUAAAUAACAACAAGUUCGAUAUGAGAUUAUAUUGUAAAUUCUACUUUUGUCAAGACGUUAGAAUAUUAAAAGAAGGUCAAAUUAAAUUCCGAAAAAAUAAUUUGAAAAGUUUAAAUAUAGAUGUUGACAACUUUAUUAGUAUAUCUGCUUUAGCUAAUCACUAUUUCAAAUUACAUGUUUACACACAAAUUCCAAACUUAAUGCAAUCUUCUGGGAAAGUUAGAGAAUUUAUACAGGGUGCAGUAUAUGGAGGUAGAAAUAUGUGUAGAGAUAAUUCAAAACAACAUGUUACUAAAGAUUUAUAUGAUUAUGACGCAUGUUCAUUAUAUCCUAUUGCUAUGCAUAUAUUAAAACUGGCCACUGGAAAACCUAUAUUAAUCCCACAAGAAUCAUGUAAUAAAACUAUAUUAAACCACUUAAUGUUAGAACAACAAUUAGAACCAACAAAUGAACGUUAUAUAUCAGCAUUUAUUGUAGAUAAAGAAAUAACUAAAAUACAUAAACAUUUACACUUGCCAAUUAUAACUAAGAAAGAUAAUAAAGGUGAUAAUAAUGUUAAUGAAUGUUGUACAAUGAGAGUAGAUAAUAUUAUGAUUGAAGAUAUGAUUAAAUUUCAACAAAUAGAGUUUAAUAUUAUUAGAGGAUAUUAUUGGACUGGAUGUAAAUCUAAUGUGUUUAGUAACGAGAUUGAAAAGAUAUACAAUUUAAGAUCUCAACUUUAA